AUGUAUAAUUUGUUUUUCGUUAAAAUAACUUUUUUUGCUUUAACACUUACUUUCUUAAACUGCAAUGCCGCUAAAGAAAAAACAAAUUCAGGUAGCGAUAAAUUGCAACAAGUUCUCAAGUUCACUAGUCAAACAGGAUAUUUCAAUGUUGAUGGACACAAAUUCAAGAGCUAUGUCAAAACAUCUUUGAAACCAUAUGGAGUUUUUCUAUUGUUGUCCGUAUCUAUGCCAGAGAGAAAAUGUUCUCACUGUGGGGAUGCCUUGGAAAGUUUUAAGCUGAUUUCCAGCUCGUGGAGGUUUUCUGAGGAUUUUGAAAAUGAUGUGUUCUUCGGUUUUGCAGAUUUUGAUGCUGGAGGCAUGGAUGUCUUUCAAAGUCUGCAAAUAAGGUCAGCCCCGGUCAUGCUGUACUUCCCUCCUUAUGAAUUGAAAUACCAGAGUAUGAUGAUUGAAAAGUAUGGACUGUCAGCAGAAGGAUUUGCUAACUUUUUGCAGAGGGUUACAUCUAGAAAGAUAAUAAUCAAGCACCCUCCUAACUACACUGUCCUAAUGAGUGUUUGUGCAUCCAUAGCAGUUCUCGUGUUUCUUUUCUACAUGGACGUCAUCAACAUCAAACUCAUCAACACAGCACUGCAGAUGUGGUCUGGAGCAACAAUUGUCAUGUUCAUCCUGCUGAUGAUAUCUGGUUUUAUGUGGAACCACAUGCGAAGACCUCCACUUGUGCACGAACAAGAAAAUUCAAUUAUCUACAUCGAACAUUGGGGAGAUGGACAAUUGCUGGCUGAGAGUUUCAUUAUUUUUUUUCUUAACCUCCUAAUUGGUAUAGGUAUUGUGCUGUUGGCUCAACCUAGGACACUGCCAAUAACAGCCAGGAAGUGGUGUGCUUAUGUAGGGAUUUCAGUGGUAUGCAUUUUCUUUUAUUUCCUCUUGGGUGUCUUCAAGAAAAAAUAUGAAGGCUACCCAUACGGCCAAUUAUCCUGA